UGUGUAUGGCGUUCGGAGCGCAGAAAUUUGAACGGCAGAGAAACCUGGCAAACCCCUACCAUAUUUUACCCGGUUUUCAUCAAAGUCCAAAAAAAAUCCAAAAUUAAAACCAAGUGUCGAAGUGUCAAAGUGUUUCGUGAAGUCGUGGAAGUGAAACUAAAGACCUUUUUAGAGGUUAGAAAAUGCCCUUGACCUGAGUAGCGGCGCGCCGCUGAAGUGUUGGAUUUCCCAAAGAAGCAACGUGGUGUUUUCGAUGAAAUAAAAGAGCUCCUUCCCCAUCAAGAGCAUAAUUCCUGCUCUAGGUGGAAUUGGGCGCGAGUUUCUGUCAAAAAAAGUGUCAGUGAAAGAUGGCAGUCUGGUUUUAAAAGGGGAACAUUUUGGUCCCGAGCACCUGCCAAAUUUCGACAUGGCGGGUUUCCGAGAAGAGGACAAGGCCCUUUUCCCGAUCCAGAGUAUUUCCUCGAUCGUGCAGAUUUUUCAGAACCAGCUGGAAAACAGUUCGGAGCCAGAUCUGGUUUUGCUCUCGAUUUUGGUGGGAGCGGUCGAAAACUCCCUAACCUGCAAUCGUGCAUCUGCGUCGCAGGAUUCAACUGUUUAUGAUGAACCGAAAUUGCCAGCCGUUGAAUUUGAGAUUGCGGAAGCUCUCUACACGAAAUUUCAGGCGGUGAUAAAAGGCGCAGUGGAUUUGUCGGUUUUUGAUUCAAAAUAUGCUACGAGGGAGCUGGUGAAGAAAGUUUCGGAUGUCAUAUGGAACUCGUUGACAAGAAGCUACUACAAGGACAGAGCACACCUGCAGAGUCUUUAUAGUUAUUUGACGGCUAAUAAGCUUGAUUGCUUCGGAGUUGCUUUUGCGGUGGUUGCAGGAUGUCAGGUUUUGGGAUUCAAGGAUGUGCACUUGGCCAUGUCGGAGGAUCAUGCUUGGGUCGUUUACGGAGAAGAUGGAUCAGAAACGGCCGAGGUUACGUGGCAUGGGAAGGGAAACGAAGACAAACGCGGACAGCCAGUGGAAGCAGGUGUGGCCUCACGAUCUUGGCUUUAUGUUAACGGCCAGGCAGUAAUAUGCAAUCGAGCAAUGGAAGUUGCGACGAUAGUCUCCGCAAUAAAUCCUAGUCUCAGCGCAACCGCAGAUGCCGCGGAAGUUGCAUUGCUGCAGCAAGAAUUGCUGUGGCUUUUAUACGACUUGGGCCAUCUCGAUAAGUAUCCAAUGGCUCUAGGAAAUUUGGGCGACCUGGAAGAAGCAGCGCCUACUCCUGGAAGACCUCCAGCAAUUGAUCUCUUUCAGGAAGCGAUUCGGUCUGCGAGGAAGUAUUAUGGAAAUGCACACGUUUAUCCGUAUACGUAUCAAGGGGGAUAUCUUUAUCGACACGGCUUGCAUUCUGAUGCUCUGGCUUCCUGGGCUGAUGCUGCGGACGUUUUAAGAAAAUAUGACUACUCGCGAGACGACGGUGAGAUUUAUAAAGAACUCCUGGAGAUUGCGAACGAAUUAAUUCCCCACGCAGUUCGUGCCGACGAGCGUCUUCUCCGUCAGCCUCGAUGUUUCGCCCACCUGUUGCGCUUUUACGACGGCAUAUGCCAGUGGGAGGAAGGAGCAAACACUCCCGUUCUCCACAUCGGCUGGGCGAGGCCCCUCGUCAAUACAAUUUCAAAAUUCGACGCGAAUAUUCGCGCCCGGGUUGUGAUCGAGUGCUACGAGAUGGAAACGACGCGACUCGAGGAGGAGAGUCUGCAGAGGAGGGAAACGAGUCCCGACGAAAAUCUGAACAACAACAAUAACAAUUAUUACAAGACUAAGGAGAAGGGCAACGCGGCGAGGGAUUUGAUCAAGAGCCUGGAGUCGAAAGUGCCAGCAACUCCAGCGCCAACUCAUCCCAGCAUUCAGGCUUUAACUGCCGCCUGCAGUGAGAAAAUUCUCAACCGGGAUUAUCUUCUCCAGGGCGAUGGCGAGCCUUUUGUCGCUCCGCCGGAAAUCGCUCUCACUCCUGCGCCAUCUACAUCUCAGGAGCCGGUAGUUCCGGAAGUGGUGGUCGAUGCUGAGAUUGAGAAUCCAAAGAUAGUUCUCUACAGUCAGAAGAUGAAGGGUUUGAAGGAUCUGCUGCUCGCCGAGAAGCUCAACACUCACGCGAUUUCGCUGCAGUUGACUGCUCAGAGCCAGGUACAGAUUGGGAAGAAGACGAGGAAUGGGGACGAGAUUGGUGUGAAUCAACGGCCCAAGAGGACACGUCGGGAUUAAUAAUUGCUUCCGGGUGAGUUGAUGAAAUUGGAGUUUUGAUUUUUAAUCGCGUUAAACUCCACUACCUGGGAAAUUGUAGGACCUUCGGGACAAAUAGCGAGGAGCUGUAUACGAUUUUUUCGUUUGAGAAUUAAUCCGGGAGCAUGAAUAUUUGCUGAAUUUGAUUUGGUCUGAAUUUUAUUUGACCGAAAUGAGGGUGGACGCUAGCCACGGAAAAUCAGAGUAAUGUUAGGGAUUUAAAUCGGAAAUGGCAAAAGUUGAGGAAUUUCUGUAAGAAGUAAACUCUCAAAAAUAAUCAGGGCUGCCAACACAGUUGUUUAAAAUAAAAAUGAAGUUAUUGUAGUCACUUUUUUCAAUGAA